GAUCGCACUGCUAGCUCUUACGGUGGUUGGACCCGUGGCCGCCGACCUCGCUGAUCUUCUGGACCUAUACAGCCCUCAGAGGUUGGCCAAGGGAUGGUCCUCACCUCAGCCUUCCAGUUCUUGUGGCGCCCAAGUCACGCGCUUUCUGGAAGACUACUCCUCUUCUCAGCUCUGGGCCCUCCACGCUGCAGAUGCUAGCGGUAGAUACAAUGGGGGCUUCCUCUGGGGGAACAAUUAUUGGCUUGGAUCAGCAAUCCACUGCAAGAAUGUGGAACCUGAGCCUCCAUUCAAACUUGGGUUCUACGUUUUCAGAGCUAGAAUAUACCUAAGUGAAACAAUGGCUAUUGUUAACGCUAACAGAACAGCUGCCCAAGGCGUUUUAGUUGGAGUGUGCUUACCUACAUCCUGCUCUAAUGAAGAAGCUGAAGAAAUUCUUAACUUCAGCAUUAAUUCAGCUGGUUUGAAUAGUUACAGAACUGUAGAGUUAUCUCCUGUAAAAGAUCCCAACUCUGUUUAUGAAAUAACAAGUGAUCCCGUGUUUUGGAUAUUAUUCUCCUUCACUCUUGUUAUAUUUGUUCUGGCUUUAAUUGGAACAGGCUUUGAGAUUUACGAAGACUAUAAAAUAGAAAAGAGAAAAAUAUCAAAAUAUGUUUAUGACAAUUAUACAUAUGAAAUUGCUAAGUCUCCAGAACUACCAACAUCAGUAAAUGAACUGAAAAUACCUGCUGGUGCCAACAAUAAUGACAAUAGUGAAGGAGAGUCUUCAGAAAGAAAUUCCGUAAAUAGUGAAGAAGUAGUUGGAAAAUUCACAAGAAUUUGGAAAGAAGUUUUACUUUCAUUCUCUUUAAAAAAGAAUUUUAAACAAAUUUGUGAAAAAUCAGUUGGAGACGACACCAUUCCCACUAUCCAUGGCUUAAGGUCAAUGAGCAUGGCUUGGGUGAUACUUGGACAUACAUGCUUAAUUGCUUUAAGAUACUCUGAUAAUCCAGCUUACAGAUCAAUUGUUGAAAAACAGUUGAUAUUUCAAACUAUUAACAAAGGAGCAUACUCAGUUGAUACAUUUUUCUUUAUUAGUGGCCUAUUGGUGUCAUAUUUAUAUUUUCGAACAACAUCUAAGCAUGAUAUAACCAAGUACACCAAAACUACUGGCUUCACUUCUGCUUUCUUAGAAUUUAUAAGCUUAAUUGGCUAUAGAUUUGCAAGAUACUUUAAAGCAGCUGCUGCUCUUAUGACUUUCUUUUUGAUAAGCUCUUGGUUCACGACAGGUUUUAUUGCUUACUCCAAUAACCAUAUACCAAAUGAGGAUGAUCCUUUGGCUCUUUUUGAUAAGAUAUAUGACAAACCAUGGACCAGACUUGGACCUUACAUUGUUGGAAUGUCCGUUGGAUGGCUACUGUUUAAAACUAAUUGCAAAAUAAAAAUGAAUAAGGUUAUGGUGAUCACAGGUUGGACAUUGACACUGAGCUUGCUUCUGUUCCUGAUAUAUGGUCUCUCUGGAACUAAACUCCAUCCUAUUACUGCUGCAGCAUUUUCUUCUCUUUCUCACACACUCUGGGCAUUAGGUCUUUCUUGGAUCGUUAUAGCAUGUUCAACAGGUUAUGGAGGUUACAUAUCUGAUAUUUUAUCUUCAAGCAUCCUCUACCCAUUUAGUAGAGUUACCUACUGCGCUUAUCUCGUUCAUCCAGUUGUCAUUAGAUCGAUGACUAUGCGGCUGGAUUCUCCACUGCAUCUUAGCCCUGAGAUGGUGAUUGUUAUGUACACAGGACAUCUCAUCCUGUCAUACAUCAUUUCAUUUAUAAUUUCCAUUCUUUUUGAGGCUCCUUUGGUAUCACUUUUAAGGAUAGUUUCACCAACUAAGAGAAAAUCCAAGUGAAAACAUUGAAGAUUAUCAUUUUUUUUUUGUUUUUCCGUACCAUCCACUAUUUUAUAAGUUGAAUUUCUUUUUAAGUUCCAUGAGAAACCAAAUAUGAUUUGUGAUUUGGAUGCUUUCGAGUGGGUGCAUAAUGUUUCCUUAUGUGUAUAUACCAAUUUAGGGUUAAAAGGUUUUUAAAAGCCACUAAUUGUUUGUAAACUAAUUGUGAUUUUUAGUACAAUUAAGGUAGUAUCUAGUUUGACUUAAUUAAAAUUAUAAUUUAUUUAGCGAUAAGAAAAAAACAAAAAAACUACAAAUUAUGUCUACAAAUUUAUUGAAGUAAGAUAUUGUAUCCAUACAAUGAUUGUAUUAAAAAUGUUGGAUACCUUGUACAGUAAUUAUUGAAUAUGUAUGUUUAAUGGUGGAUGAAAACUGAAGUGCAUGUAUACUAAAUUUUUAUUUCAGCCAGUGUAAAUAAGUUAAUGUAGUACUUUCUUUUAUGAUUACAACAAGACUGCAUACAAUUGUUUUUUAUUUUUAAUAUUAUAAUAUUUUUGUAUAAUUAAGAAUCAUGGCAAAAAGUUAUAUCAAAUACUCAAAAUAUUUGUUUAACUAUUGAUUUUCUUUUUAUGUUUUAAUUAAAUAUCAUUUACCAAUAUAUUUCCAUAAACUUAUGUAAACAUGUGGAAGAUGAGAAAAUUGAAAAUUAAUCAAAUUAUAUUGAAAUAAAUGUAAUAUCAAUAAUUCCUAACCUGCAGUUUUUAUGUCUUUAAUAAAUGCAGAAUAUAUUUUCAACUAUAAAUAUUUCAUAUUUUUAAAUAAAUGUGAAUAUUAAACUUUUUAAUUCCUUUGUUUCAAAUUUUCAUUAUCUUAUUUAUAAAAAUAAAAGCCACCAGAAUUCAGCUAUUGAGGUUUAAAUGAAAAUUCAACAAAAUAAUAACUCCAUGUAAUUAAGAAGAAUAUAAGCUCUCAAUAAAAAAUGUUUUAAAAACCAUUGGUAAUAUUGAAAAAAGUAUAUACACAUCAGACUGAAAUUCUUGUUUUUUUAUUUUAUUGAAAUAUUUUUUUAAUGGUUGAGGUAUCCCGAUUUUAGGUCACUGCAUACCACAUUCCACUUUUCUGAUAGCUAGGCAUUCCAAUAGAUAUCUUAUAAUAAUAUUAGAGGAUGGGAUGGCCCAGAAAAUUGCGGUAUGAGUUCCAGAGUGCCUGAUUCUGAACAUUGUGGGUUCAAUUCCCAUCUCUCGGUCAGUUAAUUUUCAUUUCUCAGUGGCCCCGGGAAAUGAAUCUUGACGUUCCCACUCUGGUAAGUAUACGGCAGCAAUCCUCAAGGUAGUCUUUUAAACCACUAUGUAAAUGUUGGUACAGUUUUCGGCUUUGUGUGUAUUUUCUACAUAUUUACUGCAAUUGAUGAUUUUACACUACUUACCCAUAUGUCUAUAAUUAUAUCAUGAAAAGUAAAGUAGAGGUUUGGGUUCAUACGGUCUGAUUCUUAUGGAAAUGAAAUCUAAGACCAGUCUAUCCAGGAGUUCACUAUUUUCAAAUGUCAGGAUUAAUAAUAGUUAUUCUUAUAAUAAAAUCAGGAUUAAUAAUGGUUAUUAAUUAUGGCUUAUUCUCAUUAUUUUUUUUUUAUGAAUUCUUUUAACCUUAUCUAACAGUGAAAUUCAAGUUCAGUAACUAUUCGUCAUCUGAAUAUUUCAAUAAUUCAGAGAAAUACACAAUGAAAAAUUUAGAGAUUUGUACUCGAACAUUAUCACAAAAUUUAAAAUGUAUUUAUAUUUUCCAAGUUAAUAAAAUCUUUUUCAUUAUUAACUGCUAAUAAAACAGUGCCAAUUUUAAGAAACUUUACAUUGACUUGGGGACAUUGGCUUUUAAUACAUCUGCACACUCUAAAAGGACUGAUAUCUUCGAACGUUUUACUUGCAGAGUUUUCUCCUGUCUUCAUUAAAACAUUUUUUCGACCAUUUUAAUUUGGUUUUGAAAAAAGUUUCUUGAAUGACAGGUGGUUUAGGAUCUAGCACAUCAGCCAUUUCCACGAUAAAUAUCUCAAACUGAGAAAAAUGUUGUAAACAAAUUAAGAAUAGAAAACAAAAACCUAACUGUUCCUCUAAAUUAAAAAAUCAAAAUCAAAAAAUAAAUAAAAAUAGAGUAAUGUGUACUCCCUGCGAGCAAUGAAUUAUCAAAAAGAUCACAGCGCACACAUGGUGUUAACUCAACAAAGGUAAAUACGAUAAUGAUCUUCAAGUUAAUAUGAUAAUGAACGUUAAACUUACGAUAAUGAACAUUCAAGUUAAAGACGAUAAGUAAAUACGAUAAUAAUAACGGUUAAGAAACUUAACCUUCUAAACCUAUGUUAAUAAAUAGAUAGUUAUUCGGUUGUUUGCAAUUAACACAGUCUUCCAAAAUUUAUAAAUAUUUUUUAUAUCAAUAUUUGCGAUUUGAUUGAUCCAAAGUCCAUUUUUUUUUUUUAAAUUUUAAAAGACAUUUUGCUUCUAAUUUGCUAAAAUAUUAUUAAUUCACCAAUCAAAUCUAUAAAUAGUUUGUUGUAAUAAUCUUACUCAAAAUUUAAAUUAAUUGAAAUCAUUUUCGUUUAAAAAAUUCUAAAAGAAAUUUUAUACUGUUGGAAAUAAUUUUUUUUAAUUAAACAUUUCAUUUAAUUGUUUUCAAAAAAGAAAUUUAAAGUGUCUAUUUAAGGUUUAACAUAAGUCAAGGUGGUCAAAUUUGUUGGUUCAGCUCUCACACAGCGCUGGAAGUAGUUCGGAUCUGAGCUAUGUAGGUAGACUUUUAUUUUGCUGUGGACUCAGCUACAUGAACACAGGCGGAUCUACGGAGGGGAAGGGAGGCUUUCAGAAUUCUCCCUCCUCCCAAAAUGGUAAAAUAUAACCAUGUUUAAAGAAAAAAAUUAUCUCUAAAAGUAUUAUUGUUCAUCUAAUUACAUUUAAUAGGAAUGAAAGAAUCACUUAAACACCAUUUCAUAUACGUAGUUAGUUUCUUUCUUUCUUCCGAAGUAAUUAUCCUAAUAUAUACAUACAAAAAAAACUUUUGGGCUAAAGCCCCCCAAAAUUAAAUCCUCGAUCAGUUAGUGCACAUGAAUAAUCUGGACCUUCACAUUGAGGCUAGAAUAGGUUGGUAGCCUUGUAGGUUAGUGUGAUUAUUCUGCAUUUUUUAAAGGGCUUUACACAUAAUAAACAUCAUAUAAAAAUCAAACUUUAGCAUUUAAUUACAUGAACUUUUGGGUUUGAAUCUUGACACAAUGUUGAAGAUUAGAAUUUUUUUUCUAUAGACAUUGAUUUAUUUUUUAAUAUUUUAUUUUGCAUAGUGGUUAUAUUUGUUAGCAAAAGUAAUUCAUAUCUGACCCAAGUUAAUUAUUAUAUUGAUCACUCCAAAUUAUUAUACCAAUAAUAGCAACAACAUUUCAAUUUUUAUGAAUAAAUAAGUUUUUAUUGUAGCUAAUAUACACUUUUCUAAUUUUUCCUUCUUUUUUUUUUUUUAAACAAAUUAAUAUAAAAUAAAUAAUUUUUCCUGAAAAUUUGAUAUCAUAAAGUAACUGACUUGGUAUUAUAAAUUAAAAUUAAAAACAUUGUGGAGUGUAGUUUAUCACCAUUUGAGUCAUAAGUGGAGCUCAUUAAUAUCAAACUGAAACAAUAAAAUAAAAUAUUAAAACACUAAAAAAAUAAUAAUAAUUAAAAAGAAUAUAAUAUUUUUACUUUUUUUACUACUAUAUUUGUUUGAAUUCAAAUGUUGCAUACUGUUCAUUUUAUUUUAUUUGUUUUUAGAGAGUUAUUCUACUGCUGAUAUUACAUGUAUCAUAACUUGCACACUUUAUGUUCUUUAAGCAACAAAAGUGGGUCUACUAGUUAGGAAAUAAAAGUUUUCAUCAGUUUAUCAACAUUGACAUCCUUGCUGGCAAUUAGUUUUUAUAUACAAAUUUUAUUCAAUAUAAAUUUUAUCAAUCAUGCAUUGAUUUUAAUUUUAUUUUUUCAGUAGUGAACUUUUUUAAUUGGCCAAGAAAAAAACGAUUCCUCUCUCAAAAUUUAAGUCUUUAUACACUACAAGAUAUAUAGAACUUCUUUUUUUCCCUCCCCUUCAACGUCUUUUAGACUCUUCACAAUUUAUAAUUAAAAAAUAUACAAUCCACAGCUUUUCACUGAGCCGAUUUUUUUUAAUUUUCAAUUCUAAGUCCCAGGUCCACCCAUUUCAUUUUGAGGUAGUGGCCGAUUAGUGGUUUUAUACAUCCAUAUAUCAGCCAUUUGUGAAAGUUUGGGAUUAGUCAGGUAUUUCAAUAACUAAAAUUGGUAGACAUCAUGAAAACAUUUUUAGAGAGUGGAAAUUUCUUGCAGAAAACAUACCUUUCUUUAUUUUCUACUUCAAAGUAAUUUGAAGCAUAUAACACUCCUAAUCUCUCUUCACUCCUGAUUUUCACUGGCAAACCUGAAACGUAUUAAACAUUUAUAAGAUAUUUAAAAAACUAGAAAUAAUGGGUUUAUUUAAACAUUAAACAGUAAAAUACAUAGUCAAAUAUUUUUUGAUUUAUUAUUUUCAAUAAUGAAACUAUGUUUAUGACUAAGAAAUUGAUCUUCCCCAUAUCUAUCAAAGUUUCAGGCUUUUUCAAGAAAGUAAAAUAAAAAAGAUUCUCCCCAAUACCGCUUUUCUUAAGACUACAGGACCAAUUUUAUUUAUUUAUUUUUUUUUUUAGCUUUGGUUCCAAAGUCACUGGUCACUUGAGGGUGAUCUUUGGAACUCGACAUUAUUAUCAGUAACUUUCUUUCAAUUUGGGUUAAAUUUGACCAAAAUUUUAAUGAGUAGUUUUCAAUGAAUUUAAGCAUUUCAGAUCCCCAGAAUCCUAAAAAAAACGUUCAUUAAUGGUCACAUUAAAACAAACAAAAAAUGAAAUAGGCCUAUAGAAAACAUAAAAAAAUAACAAAACAAAAAAACAAAUUGUGAGUGGUGAAGCUGUUUUUUUUUUUUUCCAGUCUAAGAUCUAAGUCAUACCCAAGAAAUUCAUGUUCAUCUCAGUUUAUUACUUACAGAGCAUGGUGAUGUUCGGACUAUUUACUAAAAAUUACUCAACAACAUUUGAAAAUACCAAAAUACCUAAAGAAAAUUGAAAAAUAAUCUUGAAUAAAAUUAUUAAUUACUAAUCACUUUUGUGACUUACAUAUCUCAACUAUUUAAUAUUGCCGUUUUUAGUAACAUGUAUGCAUAUAUUAUAAUUAUGAAAAGAAAAAAUAGGAAAUUCUUGGUAUUGAGAAUAUUGGACUGAUGUAAUAAAACUAACUUCACCCAACAGCCUUGUAAAAUCCUUAUUAAUAUACCUGAUUCAUUUUGUACUAUUUCAUAUAUACUUUCAUCUAUUGGGAGGUUAUUGUCAUCAUAAGAAAACAAAACAAGUAUUUCUGUAAAUGGAUCGAAAGUAUAAUUUGCUCUAUACACUGGAACAAUUAUAAUUUGAAGGCUCUCAGAGAUCAAAGCACCAUCUGUACAAUCAACUUCAUUAUCAAGGCAGAGGAGUAAACAGGAUCUAGAAAAAAGAUUUUCAGUAUAAAUUAAAUAAGGAAAUUAAAAAUUUGAUUAGUAACAGCAUUUCCGAGAUUAUGAAAUAAAAAUUAUCUUCAAUCCAGUAACAAGUCCCUUAAAAAUAAAAACAAGGAACAUUAAUGAAAGCUAAAAGCUGAGCAGAAAUCUAACUUUAUGCUUAAUAAUUAGACAGUUGAAAUAGUGUAAAUAUUGUUUAUUUUUUAAUGAAUUAAAAAUUGUAUUAUUCAAAUAGUAAAACUUAAAUUUUUUAUUUUCUUGGUUUUCAGCGUUGUAUUUUUUUUCUGUUUAAUUUUUUUUAAAUUUACACAUAAACACACUAAUUUAUAAAAUAAAAGGAUUUCUGACAUUUCUGUUUUUUAAUUGUUUAAUAACGAUUUCUGAAAAAAUAUAAUUACUAUAGACAUAUUUAAACAAUACAACAUUCAUACAUGUACUCACAACGUAAUCAGAAAUAACCUAUGCAGGUGUAACAACACGUUCUUUAAACAAGCAUCCUACAGACAUAUUGUAAUUUAAUGUAAAUAAAAUGAAAGGAAAAGUUAUAAUCAAAACAUAUAUAUAUUUUUUUUAAUGAAGAAACUUCAUUCUUACUUACAGCUCAGUCAAAUUACCACACAAAAAAGGAGUCUAGCUUGCAAAAGGUCGGGUAAUUCAAAUUUCAUUUUUAUAUUGUUAGGUAUGUAGAGAAUAUAAAAAAUCCAAGUUUCCAUCCUUGAAAGCCUUGUGGGUUCACUGCAGUGCUCCAAAAAAACAAUUUCGAACUUUUUUUGGUUAAUGCUAAAUAUCUCCUUUUUAAAGCAAGGUAGAUAAAAAAUGAAUAUAUUAAACAGCUUAAAAUUAUCGAACAAUUUUUUUUCUAAACUAAACAGGAAGCGAAUUAUCAAGCUUUCAAAAUGAGUAGUUUUGAAAAUUUGCAAAAAACAUGGAUCAUUUUUCGUUUUUAACUAAUUCUUUGUUUUUAUCGGUAAUGUAGGUCAAAUUUUAAAAUUAAAUAUUGAAGCACACACAAUCGGAUACAGCUUUUAUAGAAAAAAUGUUUUUCUAAACUUAAAUACAAAUCUUUUAAAAGAAAUUGUUCAUGGACAAUUACUGUUUUUCUUGUUACUUUUAAUGUCCCAUUUAUGCCACAUCACCAAGAGGGUGGAUUGAUCUAUUUUUUGUGUAAUGGCUCUGGAUAAUAGUUAGUUUAAUUGAGAAACACAACUCUACACUAUUGUUAACUUAAAAUUAGAAAUUGUAAUUAGUUACAUCUGCACAGUACUUGAUUCAUACCACACAGGAUUUUAUAUUACAAUCAAUUUAAUACACUAAAUUUUAUUUUCAGAACAAAACUAUUCUAGUCCAUUCUAUUUACUUGAAAAAAUCGACAAAAAAAAAAAAAAAUAUAUGUAAUAUUAAUAUAUAGGUGAAGAAAUAGUUGAUAAAAUUCUCUUUUUUUUAUGCUUUUUUUGUUUAGUAAUAUUAUUCAGCUAGCUACUUGACUUUAUUACUAAACAAGGAGGUUUUAUAUUAUUUUAAAGCAGAAAAUGUUGUCUCUUGAAAAACUUAAAAUUCUGUGGAAAUUCGGUGAUAUCUCAGCUUACUAUAACUAUUAAAGAUAUUUGAGAUCAUCAUCAUCAUCAUCCCGAGUUUGAAAAUCCAUUACUGGAUCUUGGCUGCCUCAAGAGUUUUCCUCCAUGUUCCCUAUCCUUAGCAGAUGUCCGCCAGUUCCUGAUGCCAAGGAUUCCGGCAUCAGCACUUAAUCCAUCUUUUCAUCUUAGUUUCGGUCUGCCCACUUUUAUUUUUCCACCUGGCUCCAUGCUGAGCAGCUUCUUUGGGGUUGAGGUUUCAUCCAUUCGUACAACAUGGCUCAUCUAUCUCAACCUUGCUAUCCUGCUAUAUUUCACCACCGGCUUCUUGUUGGAUAGUUCUUGGUUGUGUCUAAUUUUCCAUCAUUCUCCUUAACUGGGCCAAAUAUCUUCCAUAAGACCUUCCUUUAAAAAACUAAUAUUGUACUCUUACUGGCCUUCAUCAAUGUCUAUGUUUCACAUCAAUUUGUCAAAACUGGUCGUAUAAGAACUUUGUACAGGAGAAGUUUAGUUGAUCGUAGUAGUGAAUGGCUUUUCAUAUACUUCAGGAGAUCAUAAUAACAUCUUUUUGAGGCAAAUUCUUUGCUUCACCUCCUGUUUCAUAUUAUUAUCCGCUGUCACUACCGAUCAUAAAUAUUUGAAGACAUUUGAGGUACACCUCAAAAGCUUAGGACGGAAAAUUACAUGAAUUACUGUUGUAUUUUAAAAGACACUCAAAUAAAUUAUAAUCAAUAUAAUAUAUUUCUUAUAUUACCUAGUUUCUGGUGAAAAUAUGAAUUUAUCCGGACAAGGAGCAUCGAUACACACAUAGGAACCUGGAGUGUUCAUACAUAGCUCCUGUUUAGAACAGGCAUAUUCAUCCUCUAUGCAUUCAUUUAUAUCU